GGCCUUGCUCGUGAGGCCUCCCGUUCCUUCCGAGGAGGAUCGGGCCGGGGCCGCGCCCGCUGGAGCGAGGGGGGCUUGUUUCCCUUCGGCCCGGUUUCCUGCUCCCGGCACGGGCCUUCCCGUUCCUCCUUUGGUGCAUGCCGUGAUUAAGUCUGGCGACGGGCUCGGUGUGGCGCCGGGUGGCAGGAGGAGGAGAUUUGCAUCGUGGCUGAAGCGUUGCGAUCUAGCAGUCAGUCGUUCACGUAGUCUCCUUGGAGCGUUUUGUGUAAUGGGGUCCCUGGCUCGCGAAAUGAAGGCACAAUAACGUAGGAUUAAUGACGCCAGCUUUGUCAGAUGGUUGAAUGAAGGGAGUUCCAUUGGCUGCAAGACAGCCAUCAAGAGCUGCUUCAGGGGGUGCAAGUGCUGCUCCUGGAAACUUACUCCAAGCUGUGAUUCAGGCUGGAGCCCAGAGGCUGACAAUGCUACAGGAUGACUACUUGGGGACCUGAGCCAAAUUCCACAUCCCUUUAUGGAAAGAGAGCAGAAAUGGGCACGUGUUGGCAUCUAGAUCUGAAGCUUCAUCUCCAGAGCACAGAUUAUGGGAAUUUCCUGGCAAAUGAAGCCUCUCCUCUCACUGUGUCAGUCAUUGAUGACAAGCUGAAGGAGAAGAUGGUGGUGGAGUUCCGCCACAUGAGGAAUCAUGCCUAUGAGCCUUUGGCCAGCUUCCUGGACUUCAUCACGUACAGCUACAUGAUUGACAAUGUCAUCCUCCUGAUCACUGGGACACUGCAUCAGCGGUCCAUUGCUGAACUGGUGCCCAAAUGCCACCCCUUGGGAAGUUUUGAGCAGAUGGAGGCGGUGAACAUUGCGCAAACCCCAGCUGAGCUCUACAAUGCCAUUUUGGUAGACACUCCCCUCGCUGCCUUUUUUCAAGACUGCAUAUCCGAACAGGACCUUGAUGAAAUGAACAUUGAAAUUAUUCGAAACACGCUGUAUAAGGCUUACCUUGAGUCCUUCUACAAGUUCUGCAAAAUCCUGGGCGGCACAACUGCGGACACCAUGUGCCCCAUCUUGGAGUUUGAAGCUGACAGAAGAGCCUUCAUUAUCACCAUCAACUCUUUUGGCACUGAACUCUCCAAGGAGGAUCGCGCGAAGCUCUUCCCCCACUGUGGGAAGCUCUAUCCAGAGGGCCUGGCCCAGCUUGCCAGGGCAGAUGACUACGAGCAGGUCAAAGCAGUGGCUGACUACUACCCUGAGUAUAAACUGCUCUUUGAAGGAGCAGGUAGCAACCCAGGUGACAAGACACUUGAGGACAGAUUCUUUGAGCAUGAGGUGAAGCUGAACAAGCUGGCUUUCCUCAACCAGUUCCACUUUGGCGUCUUCUAUGCUUUUGUGAAGCUGAAAGAGCAAGAAUGUCGCAACAUUGUGUGGAUUGCCGAAUGCAUUGCCCAGCGCCACCGAGCAAAGAUAGACAAUUACAUUCCUAUCUUCUAAGUCCUUCUCCCCUGCCUGGCGAGCCCCACAGAUUCCUCCCAUCCCUUUUCCCAAGUUCCAGGCCUGGAUGUAUCUUUUGGAGGACCACAAAGGGGGAGGAGCCUGAGGAAUGUUGUCAGGACACCCCCCCUUUGCUCCCAUGGGUGUCGCUGCCCCCUUCAUAAUUGUAACGUGUCACUGUAUAUGCUUUAUGUAGAUUGUUGGGUAUUUAAGUUAACUCUCCUAAGUGUGCCCUUAUGUGACACUUUGUUAGGCAGCACAAUGUAAUGUGUGAACUUGGCGAUGAAGUACUUUGCAUCUCGUGCCGACUGUGAGCAUCUGCAUGUCUUGGCAGCACUUGUGACUCCAGGCUUCGUUGCACCACAUUCUUAGACUGAUUUAAUUCUCCUGGCUCCUCUUCCCAGGGAGCCUCAGAAAUUCCAGCCCUGCAGGGGUGGGAUGGGGGGGGGCAGGCAAGGAGGAAUGUUCUAUGGAGAACCCAUGUACCUCUGCAGUUACAGCAGCUUCUGGUAGGAAACCAUGGCAGCUAAAUUGGUUUAAAGCACACUUGUGGUUGUAGGCAUACCCUGGCCUGUGGUUGUGGGUUUUUCCAUGGACAUGCCAGAGGCCUGCUUGGUCUUCCUGCAGAAUAUUUGCCUGCCUUUGUGGGUGAGGUUUCGUCCCAGGGGGCCUCCCGUAACCUUUCCUUCUCUCUCGUAGGGGGCCUUUCUCUCUUCAAGCAGGCGUUUCUCAGGGGUUUGGGUCCCCUUUCCUUCUGCUACCAGGCCAAAGAGGGGCAACUCAGGGGUGCCCUUUCAGAACUGCCCUUCAAGUGGUAUGAAAAUGGUCCUGGCUGUUUUUCAGGUCUUCAGUGGAAGACUGCCUGGGCUGCCCAGGUGCAGAAGGGCCCUCCUCCCUCUUUGUGCUCCAGGGCCAGGCCUGAGAAUGACCCAGGCUGGUGGUGCAAGGUCCAGGACCCAAGCCCUUGCUUCCUGUGCAGCAUGCCAGGCCUGGCAACAGCCUGUGGCUGCACUGACUCCAGGAAAGGCGCCUCUCUCUCUGUUUGGCGUAACCAGGGUCUCUCUGACUUGGCUGAGCCCCCCCCCUUCCGGUGGGUCUGCAUUUUUCUUCAGGACAUGGGCACUUGCUGUGAGCUGUGCUGGUUUCUGAUCCCCUUCCUUCCCUACUCUUUCACAGCCGAAAGGUUGCACCUCCUCCUCCACCCAUGGGUUGGCCUUGGCUGCUCUGUUCUCCGAUGUGAUACAUGGGCAUUGGCCUCUUCGGUUACAGGCCCUUUGGAAAGGUAUGUCUCCAGCCCGCUCAGGCGCCAGACUGCCUCUUCUCGUGGGUUUCUGUUACUGAGUUCCUUUGUGUGGGGCAUGGCUGCUGGGGGUGGGGCACCUUUCUCUGAUCAACAUGUGUAGAAAGAUGUUGUUUCCAGUGGGUCACCCUUGCUCAGAGAGUGACCGUGCUCCAAGUGUUUUGUGUGCUGUUCAUUACCUUUCUCUUAAGCUGUGACAAUAAAUGAUCUACCAAAAUGAC